GGCAAAUAGGCUUGUGCCACCUUAUUAGUAUAAGUACUAACUCCUUUUGCAGAUCAACCCUGAGCAUUUCACUUUCACCUUGACCCUGUUUCUUAAACACUCACGUCUAUCACACAUUCUUUGAGACUAUAAGUAUGGGUACCGCAUCGAAGAUUAUAUCUGUGAUAUUUCGCGUUGGCGAACUUGUCUGCGCAUCUAUUGUCACUGGCAUCUUAGGGUACUACCUAUCCAUUCUCGAUGAUGCUGAUGUACCCGAUGACGGUCGUAUUGUUUACGCGGUGGCUAUCGGCGGCAUCAGCAUAUUCUUUUCACUCGUCCUGAUUCCUCCACUACGAUAUUCAUUCUGGGCUUUCCCCCUUGACUUUGCCCUUUUCAUCUGUUGGAUGGUUGCCUUUGGUCUGCUAACCAAUCGUACCGGGACGCAAGGUUGUGAUUCCGUCUGGUACUGGAACACAUGGGGCUACUACUGGGGUGGAUGGUGGCGCACUGUUCCUGUUACUCGAAUCUCCCCAGUACUUGUUGGUUAUGGAAGUUGCUCGUCCUGGCGAAGCAGCCUUGCUUUCAGCUUCAUCGGUGGAAUGAUCUGGCUUGGGAAUGCACUCCUGGGUCUCUACGUGUCCUCCAGUUCUCGCAAAGAUCCUGCUCCAGAAGACUUCGAAUCAUCAUCACAGCCACAAAUGAAGGAGAGUGAGAACCCAGCGGCAGUUGAACAAUCUUAGGGGUGGAUUAGAGAGGAGGAAGGGUAAUUAGCUCUACUAGCAUUGAUUAUCUACCAAUUCCUUAGCCAUAAAGUGCCAGGAAAUUACUUUGAUCCCUAUCGAAUCGCCACAAACAGACUCACGAGUAGUUUCAGCGUUUAGGUUGAGUAAACAUACCCCGGGAUGCCUUCGACGUAUGGCUUUACACUCUUGAUGAUUAAAGGGGACGUAUGUGGUGUAGCUGGCCAGGCUAGUCGGCGUGCAGAGGGUAGAUAGAAGCUGUCAAUUAUAAAUGCGUCACGUUGGGAUCAGUACCUGUCGAUUUGAUUUCCUAUCUUUGGUCCCUUUGAGAAGUCGGUUU